AUGUCGGCUCCUCUCGGGCCCCGAGGCGGCCCUGCUCCCCCUCCGCCGCCGCCUCCGCCGCCUCCGCCCGAGACGCCCGACCUCAGCCACCUCACGGAGGAAGAGAGGAAGAUCAUCCAAGCCGUCAUGGACCGCCAGAAGAAGGAAGAAGAGAAGGAGCAGUCCGUGCUGAAGGGUAAAGAAGAACAAAAACAACCAGUGACACAGUGGUUUCCCUUUAGUGGGUUCACUGAGCUGGUAAAUAACGUUCUUCAGCCACAGCAAAAACAACAAAAUGAAAAGGAGCCCCAGACGAAACUACACCAACAGUUUGAAAUGUAUAAAGAACAGGUGAAGAAAAUGGGUGAAGAAUCACAGCAGCAGCAACAGCAGCAGCAGCAGCAGCAGCAGCAGCAACAACAGAAGGGUGACGCUCCAACCUGUGGCAUUUGUCACAAAACAAAAUUUGCUGAUGGCUGUGGCCAUAACUGUUCAUAUUGCCAAACUAAAUUUUGUGCACGUUGUGGAGGACGAGUAUCUUUACGUUCAAACAAGGUAAUGUGGGUGUGUAAUUCAUGCCGAAAGCAACAAGAAAUCCUCACAAAAUCUGGAGCAUGGUUUUAUAAUAGUGGAACUAACACCCCACAGAAGUCUGAUCAAGAGGUUUUUAGAGGACUGCAGAAUGAAAAAGCACCUCAGGACAAAAAAACAAAGCUGCAAGAGCAGUCAGCCUUGGAACGAAGUAGAUCUCAAGGGAUUACAAGGCAAGAGUCCAUAAAUGGUUCAGGAGGAAAGGUGGUGGGUGACACAGCAGACAGAAAAAGAAGCCCAUCAAUACCCAGGGAUCAGAACAGAAGUUUCAAUCAGCUGGAGGAGAGAGACGACUAUUCACAGUAUGCAACAUCAGAUGCUGCAAUGCCAAGAUCACCAUCAGAUUAUACAGACAGACAUUCACAACAUGGGUUGCAACCAUAUGAAGAACCUGAAAUUGAUGACUAUAGGAAUUCUAGUAGGAGAAAUCGCAGACGUUCAAGGGAAUAUCCUUUAGAGGAAGAUGACAUGCAAAAUAGAGGGGAAUAUGAAAGGCAGCGGAGGGAAGAAGAAUAUCAAGCACGAUACCGAAGUGAUCCUAAUUUGGCUCGUUAUCCUGUCAAACCACAACCAUAUGAAGAGCAAAUGCGUAUUCAUGCUGAGGUCUCACGUGCACGUCAUGAAAGAAGGCACAGUGAUGUGUCUUUGGCCAAUACUGAAUUGGAAGAUUCCCGGAUUUCGAUGAUGAGAAUGGACCGACCAUCAAGGCAAAGGUCUGCAUCUGAACGCAGAGCUGCCAUGGACCAGCGUUCAUAUUCAAUGGAAAGAACUCAGGGACUAAGUCCCAAUCGGCAGAGAUCCGCAAAUCACAGUCCUCCAACACCUAGGAGGAGUCCAAUACCUUUUGAUAGACCAGAUAUGAGGAGAACUGAUCCAUUAAGAAAACAGCAUCAUUUAGACCCAAGCUCAGCUGUACGGAAGACAAAACGUGAAAAAAUGGAAACCAUGUUAAGAAAUGAUUCCUUGAGUUCAGAUCAGUCUGAAUCAAUUAGGCCUCCACCACCAAAGCCUCAUAAAACAAAAAAAGGAGGUAAAAUGCGUCAGGUGUCAUUGAGCAGCUCUGAAGAAGAGUUGGCUUCUACACCAGAAUAUACAAGCUGUGAUGAUGUAGAAAUUGAAAGUGAAAGUGUUAGUGAAAAAGGGGACAGUCAAAGGGGAAAAAGAAAAACUAGUGAGCAGGCAGUUUUGUCGGACUCUAACAUCUUAUCUGAAAGACAAAAGAAAAUGGUGUGUUUUGGUGGCCAGUCUUUGGAAGAGGACUUGGAAUGGUCUGAACCUCAGAUUAAGGACUCUGGGGUAGACACUUGUAGUAGUACAACUUUAAAUGAGGAACAUAGCCAUAGUGAAAAGCACCCUGUAACAUGGCAGCCAUCCAAAGAUGGAGAUGGCUUAAUUGGCCGAAUUUUGUUAAAUAAACGCUUAAAAGAUGGAAGCGUGCCUAGAGAUUCAGGAGCAAUGCUUGGACUUAAGGUGGUUGGAGGAAAGAUGACAGAAUCAGGUCGACUAUGUGCAUUUAUCACCAAAGUAAAAAAAGGAAGUUUAGCUGACACAGUUGGACAUCUGAGACCAGGUGAUGAAGUAUUAGAAUGGAAUGGAAGGCUUUUGCAAGGAGCCACUUUUGAAGAAGUAUAUAACAUCAUUCUUGAAUCCAAACCAGAGCCACAAGUGGAACUUGUAGUUUCAAGGCCAAUUGGGGAUAUUCCCAGAAUACCUGACAGUACGCAUGCACAGUUGGAGUCCAGUUCUAGUUCAUUUGAAUCUCAGAAAAUGGAUCGGCCUUCCAUAUCAGUCACUUCUCCCAUGAGUCCUGGCAUGUUGAGAGAUGUUCCACAGUUUUUAUCUGGACAACUUUCAAGCCAAAGCCUUAGUAGAAGAACAGCGCCUUUUGUUCCUAGGGUUCAGAUAAAGUUGUGGUAUGACAAAGUUGGCCAUCAAUUGAUAGUCACAAUAUUGGGAGCAAAAGAUCUUCCUUCAAGAGAAGAUGGGAGACCAAGGAAUCCCUAUGUUAAGAUUUACUUUCUUCCUGACAGAAGUGAUAAAAAUAAAAGAAGAACAAAAACAGUAAAAAAAACAUUGGAGCCCAAGUGGAAUCAAACAUUCAUUUAUUCUCCAGUUCAUCGGAGAGAAUUUCGAGAGCGAAUGUUGGAAAUUACUCUUUGGGACCAAGCUCGUAUUCGUGAGGAAGAAAGUGAUUUUUUAGGAGAGAUUCUUAUUGAAUUAGAGACAGCAUUGCUGGAUGAUGAGCCUCAUUGGUACAAACUUCAGACUCAUGAUAUGUCCUCAUUGCCACUUCCCCAUCCUUCCCCAUAUUUGCCACGCCGACAGCUUCAUGGGGAUAGCCCCACACGAAGGUUGCAAAAUAAAGGCUCAUAUUCAUAUAAUCCAGGAUCCAAAAGAAUAAGUGAUAGUGAAAUCUCAGACUAUGAUUGCGAUGAUGGAAUAGGAGUAGUGUCAGAUUACAGACAUAAUGGAAGAGAUCUUCAAAGUUCAACAUUAUCAGUGCCAGAACAAGUGAUGUCAUCCAAUCAUUGCUCUCGAUCAGGCUCUCCUCAACGUGGUGACAGUAUAGGAAGAACUAGAUCAUGGUCUCCCAGUGUUCCUCCAUUACAAAGCAGGAAUGUGGAACAUGGGUCUCGAGGGACCCGAUCUACUCCUGCACAUUACAAUACCAUGAAUCGAAUGGAUAGACAUCGAAUAAUGGAUGACCACAACUGUCCAGACAGAGAGAGUCAUUAUCUCACUCUGCCUUGGUCCCAUCACACGCAAUCCAUUGACUACCAUCAUAGAGAUGCCAGCAAGAAUCAUUCAUUGUAUCCUAACUUUUGUGAAGAUGCAGUCAGAUUACUUCGAUCGCAUAGGAUGUGCCGAACCUAUUCUGAGGGUGCUUACAAUGAGUUUGAGAGGAGGAGUAGGAAGGAGGGAAGAGAGCCUAAUGCAUAUGUUGAUGACACGUUUAUUUCUCCUGCUCUCGAAAGGUAUUACAAUGGUGCAAGUUCAUGGGCAGAUCAUGUAGUCAAUGGUACAGCUGAAAAUUACAGGAAUUGGGAACCUAGACUACCAUAUCAAAGAUCCAGAUCAACAGAACAGCGUCCAGUGCUAGAGCGGCCCAGCCCCCGCUCCCGAUCCACUGAGCGUCCUGAGUCAAACCUCAUGAGAUCGAUGCCUUCAUUAAUGACUGGAAGAUCUGCCCCUCCCUCACCUGCAUUAUCGAGGUCACAUGCUCAUUCGGGGUCAGUCCAAACAAGCCCAUCAAGUACUCCGGUGGCAGGACGCAGGGGUAGACAGUUGCCACAACUCCCACCAAAAGGAACCCUGGAGAGAAGUACUCUGGAUGUUGAAGAGAGAAAUCGUCAAAUGAAAAUGAACAAGUACAAACAUGUAGCAGGAUCAGAUUCCAGGCUGGAGCAAGAUUAUCAUUCCAAGUAUCGUCCCGGGCGGGAUCCUCAACGAGGAUCUGAUAAUGUCUCCAACAAGUCUUCAGACAGUGAUGUCAGCGAUGUAUCAGCAGUCUCGAGAACCAGUAGUGCAUCCCGUUUUAGCAGCACUAGUUAUAUGUCUGUGCAAUCAGAACGGCCAAGAGGAAACAAGAAAAUUAGUGUUUUCACAUCUAAAAUGCAAAGCAGACAGAUUGGCGCUUCAGGACAGAACAUAACUAAAAGCACCAGCAUCAGUGGGGAGAUGUAUACACUAGAGAAGAACGAUGGCAGCCAGUCUGAUACAGCGGUGGGCACUGUGGGAGCAGGUGGAAAAAAACGGCGAUCCAGUAUUGGUGCAAAAAUGGUAGCUAUCGUGGGGCUUUCACGGAAAAGCAGGAGCACCUCACAACUCAGCCAAACUGAAGCAGGUGGUAAAAAAUUGAAGAGUACAGUACAGAGAAGCACAGAAACUGGGUUGGCUGUGGAGAUGAGAAAUUGGAUGACACGUCAGGCCAGCAGAGAGUCUACAGAUGGCAGCAUGAACAGUUACAGCUCAGAGGGAAAUUUGAUCUUCCCUGGUGUGCGGUUGGCGACCGAUAGCCAAUUCAGUGAUUUUCUGGAUGGACUUGGCCCUGCACAGCUUGUUGGACGCCAGACCCUGGCUACUCCAGCAAUGGGUGAUAUCCAAGUUGGAAUGAUGGACAAAAAGGGACAAUUGGAAGUAGAAAUAAUAAGAGCACGAGGCCUUGUUGUAAAACCAGGUUCAAAGACACUGCCAGCACCGUAUGUAAAGGUGUAUCUAUUAGAAAAUGGAGUCUGUAUAGCCAAAAAGAAAACAAAAGUGGCAAGAAAAACGCUGGAACCUCUUUACCAGCAGCUGUUGUCAUUUGAAGAGAACUCUCAAGGGAAAGUUUUACAGAUUAUUGUAUGGGGAGACUAUGGACGUAUGGAUCACAAAUCCUUUAUGGGAGUGGCACAGAUACUUUUAGAAGAACUGGAUCUGUCCAAUAUGGUGAUUGGCUGGUUUAAACUAUUCCCUCCUUCGUCCCUAGUAGAUCCAACUUUGGCCCCUCUUACAAGAAGGGCUUCCCAAUCAUCUCUUGAAAGUUCAACAGGACCAUCGUACGCUCGCUCAUAGCAGCUGUGAACUUUAUCAUAGCAACCAGCGUUACAAAAAAUAUUUAACAGGUCGCAAGCUCUGGUAACACUGCAUGCUUAAUGUUGCGUCUUUGGAGCCUGUUUCUAGGGCUAGAAAGCGAUCCUGUAUUCUCAGAGGAAGUUGCACACAUUGUGCUCUAAAGGAAGUCCUCAGGUGAAGGAGUGGAACUGGAAGAACUGAAUGGUUUGGACUUCAGUGACACUCAACUUUUAAUCCAAUUUGAAGCCAUGGAUUAAACUAAAGAAUCAAGUUGUCUCAUGCAACAAGAAUCCCUUCAAUGGCACGUCUGUUUUCUUGUUCCCUUUUCUUUACUGGCCCUUUUCUGCCCGCACCCACCCAAACCUGGUUAUGCCACAGAAAUAUGGAGCUACCCAAAGAAGUCAUGCUGCAGAUCAUUAGAAGAAAAAGGAAAAGGGAGCGGUCUUUGCAUUCAUUAACAGCAGAGGAAACUUGCCUUAUCAGAAAGCUUGAAGACUUAGAGUGGCAGGCUUUGUAACUCCAGCUACUAAUAGAGUCAAAUCCAGCGUGGACUAAGUGAAAAGUAAAAUUCUGUGGCUAUACUGUACUGUAUGAAUUAAAGACACUUUUUUGCAUGGACACAGA